UGCUUUCCUUUGAACGUUUGAAGAGGUUUUCCCCAUUCCACGAUCGAAAACCAUUCAGAAAAAAAGAGAAUACAAUACACAUUACACCCACCACCUCAUCCCCAAUCCCAGAGAGGGAGAUCGUUUUCUCUCUCUCUUCUGCGUUUAUCAGCUUAGCCCUUGUUGUUCUGUUUUGGAUUUUGGAACCAAAUAGCAGCCAUGAACGACAAGGCUUCCGUUUCCAAGGAGCUUAAUGCCAAACAUGCAAAGAUAUUGGAGGGCCUUCUUAAGCUUCCAGAAAAUAGGGAAUGUGCAGAUUGUCGGGGAAGGGCCCCAAGGUGGGCGAGCAUCAACCUUGGGAUAUUCAUCUGCCUGCAAUGUUCAGGAAUUCAUCGGAGUCUUGGGGUGCAUAUCUCAAAGGUAAGGUCGACAACUUUGGAUACUUGGCUGCCGGAGCAGGUUGCUUUCAUGCAAUGUGUAGGUAAUGAGAAGUCGAACAAUUAUUGGGAGGCAGAUCUACCAGCAAGCACAGAUAGAAGCAACAUUGCGAAAUUUAUUCGGACCAAGUAUCAGGAGAAAAAAUGGGCUUCUAGAUAUGCCUCUCAACCAGCCCCAUCUAAUAUGGUUGCUGAAACAAGCGAAGUUGGAGCAACAGCUGAUAUUCCAAGGAAAGCAAGAAAAUAUUCCUUGGAGGAAGAAGUUUUUAAUGAACAACCGCCACAAGUUCCUUCAACUACAAGAUCUCGUGGGGUUUCUUUGGACACGAUGGAUGAAAUUCUUAAUUUACCUCCAAAAAACAGUCUCAUCAGUAACCCGUCUGUGAAGAAAAAGGAUGAUACAAAGGAUCUCUUCACUUUGCUCUAUGCCUCAGAGGCAAAACAAGAUCGUACUAUUGUGCCUCCAUCUCGCUGGGCAACCUUUGAGUGAGCUGAUGAGACCAAGAGAAGAACCAGUUGGGAAUAUAUUCUAGCACUUUUUUGCAUUGGAUUACAGUUUAUGGAUGAUAAGUCAAGAAAAAAAGCUGCACUUCAACACGUAAGCACAUGUGUUGCGUAUUUUAUUUUGUUGUCUCAUUCAACCGGCACUGGUGAAGAUAAAAGAGUUGAUGUUUCUUGUGUAACUAGAUGGCUCACCGAGUGCUUUGCGAGAUACAAUUUCCAUUUGGUGCCCAUUCAUGAAUCAGAAUUUCAUUCUUUUGUAUUGAAUUCCAUUCCUUCCUCUAAACCUAGUUCCUAUUAAAAUUUACACCCAAGCUUGAAGGUGGCCUCUUGUAUAUUUAAUGCGCUCAUGUAAUUGAAUCCAGUUUGACAUACAUUAAUAAUAACUUUAGGCAAGUACCGUUCUAA